GCCCGCCCUGCAAGCUUGCAAGAUUUGAGUUCGUGUCAGUUUCGUGUGCGUCGUGUGUACGUGUGAUAACGAAUAAGAUUUUGUUUAAUUGUGAUUUUUUAUAAUACAGUGAUACGUAGUCAAGAUGAUGAUGGACUAUUUUGUGACGAACAAUUCCUUAGCACCCGCACCCAUGGGUAUACAAAGCACAGCGGGUGCUGUGCCCGUAAAAAAUGAUAAAGGAGAAUUGUCCAUGAAAAAGGUGAAGGUGCAUCGUUAUGUUUCUGGUAAGAGACCAGAUUAUGCAGCAGUGAGUUCAGACGAAGAGUCGGAAGAGGAGGACUUCCUCGAGAAGCGCGUACACAAGGGUUACGACGAUGAGGCCAUUGCUGAUGUCACCACACACUCGUACUCAAAGACUAGAGACGAGGAUGAUCCACGUCUGCGAAGAUUAACGCGACAGCAGAAAGAGGCACCGACCGAAGUACGUGUGGAAAGACACAGACACAUCCAUGAGCCCGAGCUAAUUGAGGUCGAGUUGGAAAGAUCGCGGGAGAGGGUCAAAUUGGAGAGCUCUGACUCCUCGGAGGACGAAGAGCUAUCAGAUUCUGAGAUAGAAAAACGACGAGAGGCACUGAAACAACGAGUAUUAUCCAAGAAGGAAACGGAAGAAGAGCUGAUACAGGACGAGGAGGAAGAGAAAUCGGGCGGGAGUUCAGACGAGAGUACGGAUUAUGAAGAAUAUACCGAUUCCGAAGAAGAAAUCGGGCCGCGAUUGAAGCCCGUGUUCGUUCGCAAAAAGGACAGAAUCACAGUGAUGGAGAAAGAGAAAGAAGCGGUUCGGCAGAAACAAGCGGAAGUUGAGACUAGGAAGAUGGCUGAGGAACGAAAGAGAGAGACCCUGAGGAUGGUAGAAGAGUCUGUGCGAAAAGAGACGCAGACGGGCAGCAAGGCUAAUAUCGAUCAGGAGAGCAAGCUGAACGACGUUUGUACAGAUGACGAAAACGAUGAGGUGGAAUACGAGGCGUGGAAGCUACGCGAGCUGAAGAGGAUCAAGCGUGAUCGCGAGGAGAGGGAGCAGCUGGAGAAGGAACACUUGGAGAUCGACCGUAUCCGUACCAUGACCGAGGAGGACCGAAGGCAGGAGGCGCGAUUGAAUCCGAAAGUCAUCACCAAUAAAGCGGCGAAAGGCAAAUACAAGUUCCUGCAGAAAUAUUAUCAUCGCGGUGCGUUCUACUUGGACAAAGACGAUUCCAUAUUGAAACGCGACUUCUCCGGCGCAACUUUGGAAGAUCAUUUCGAUAAGACAAUCCUGCCCAAAGUCAUGCAGGUGAAGAACUUCGGGCGCAGUGGCAGAACCAAAUAUACUCACUUGGUGGAUCAAGACACCACGCAGUUUGAUUCACCUUGGAUAUCAGAGACGGCUCAGAAUCUUAAGUUCCACAAUAAUCAAGCAGCAGGGAUGAAACAGGUCUUCGAUCGGCCUUCUUUGAAUAAAAGAAAAACUGAGAAUUGAAUGCUUUUGCUGAUAUUCACAUAUGUCUUUGGUUUUUUCGUUUUAUUCGGAAAAUAAUAUCGAUACGUCUAUAAAUAUAAAUAUAUUUCAAUUAUUUCAUAUUGCUAAAAUAUAUAUAAUUUAUAUAUACGAAAUAUAAACGACAUUAUAUAAAUUAUAAUGAAUUACGUGAGUUUGUUUAUUAUAUUUACCUUUUUCACAAAUGCAAUAACAUUAUUUGUACAGUUAAACUUUGUACAGAGCAUAAAAUAUUUAUACUUUAUAUAUAUUAAAUAUAUUUACUUAAAAAGAAAUAAUUUUACUUAUGUGAAAAGAAUACAUAUAUUUUUUAUUCAUGCAAUUAUUUAAAAUUAAAAAUGUAUGUAAACUUUUAUUACAGUUCUCAGGUAAAUUCAC